UGUGUGACGUGCUGUCUCUCUCUCUAGAACAUGCUGCGGCGGCAGGAGGAGCUGGAGAACGGCACGGCCUGGUCCAUCUCCUCGGAGUCAUCGGACGAUUCCUCCAGCCCCCAGCUGUCGGGCAGCACCCGCCACGCCUCCCACAAGCCCAUUGUACAGCCCGAGGUGCAGGUCUCCGCCCCCGCCAUCGAGAUCGCCUUCUCCCAGCAAGAGGAGGCGGGCGCCGCAGCCGAGCCACCCAGCCGGCAGGAGGAGCCAGGCAGCGCGAGGAAGGAGGUGGUGGCCAAUGGGCACGUGCCCUACUCCCGGACUCUGAGCCACAUCAGCGAGAGCAGCCUGGAUGCGGCAGUGGAUUGCAGGGAGGGCCCCAGUGCCCACAGGGAUCCUUCCCCAGUUCCCCAGGACCCCAGCACCGGGGAGCUGCCUCCCCUGGAAAUGGACACCCUCCCCGAGGCCUCGAACCUGCUGGUGCCCUGGACAGGACCAGACCGGGGCCCGGAGGCCGAGGCCUGUGGGGCCGUGUCUCAGGCCGAGGCCUGUGAGCCUGUGGUGGGGCGGGCUGAGGCCACUGUGUGCCAAGCUCUGGGGCCACAGGGGCAUGAGGUCUCCCCGGACCGGCCAGUGGUGCUGCAUCCAGUCUCAGAGGAGAGGGGGAGGCUGGCCCCAGCCCAGCUCCUGCCCACCAGCCCGGCAGAGGUGCCAAGGCCCAAGCCUGUGGACUGCGGCCUGGAGGAGGCCAUCGGCUCGCUGUGCUCGGCCCUGGAUGACUAUCGGGGGCAGUUCCCUGAGCUGCAGCCGCUGGAGCGGGAGCUGAAACGCCUGGAGGAGAUCCUCAUGCACAAGCAGCGCGUCUUCCUGAGCCGCGCCUCCAGCAUGAGCCUGACAGUGGAGCACGCCCUGGAGAGCUUCAGCUUCCUCAACACCUCGGACAUGGAUGACUCGGAGGGCUCGGAGGAGGAGGAGGCCAGCCGGAGCGAGUGGUGAGCCGGGUGGGGGUCUCUCCCUGGGGCAGUGGCUCGGGCCGCCCCCAGUUGAGGACGCCUGGGGCAGGGCAGCAGAACGUCCCUGUGGGUAGGUUCUGGUCCCAGGGUGCCUGGCCUGGCCAGUUCCCUGCGUGGGGGUGACCCGCGUGCAGAGCUGGUCGUUGGGCUCAGGGAGUCAGACCGAGGGGCCAGGUUCGAUCCCCGUUGCCCCCAUCGGUACACGGGGUUUUGCUGCCGUCCUCAUCGAUGUGCCUGGGAAGCCCAGCGCCUGCUGGCUAUCGCCCCCUGGUGGCCAGGCCUGGCUCUCAGCGGCAGCCUCCUCCGCCAGUGGGACCCCGGUAUUGCUGGGGUGCUGGGAGCCGGGGUGGUGCGCACAGCCUCGGCUUUGCCAGCAGGGGCGCCACAGAGCCAGUGCGGGCCCCCUAGUCCCCAGCGAGCCACGCUUUGGGCAGGCUAUGCUGCAGCAGCACCAC